AAUUAGAAAAAACAAAAAACAAAAAAUAAACAUUUUCCAUUAUUGUAACCUUUCACUAAGACAGCUGGAGAAGAGGUUCCGGCGCGCGAGGCCGUUUCAGUCCGUUUGCCGCCAAUUCUCUUAUAUCUAUCUUCAUGUACUGUUGUACACAUAUACGACCGUAUUAUCUCACUCUUUCUCUCUCUACAACUCUCUCUCUCUCUCUUACUCUCUCUCUGUGAUAUUAGAAAUUGAUCUUCAAGAGAAUUGCCAACAUACCAUCUGCGAAUCAGAGACUUCUCUUUCUGGCAGUGAGACCUGAUAAGUAUGGAGAAGUAUGAGAAACUUGAGGAAAUUGGAGUUGGAAACUUUGCAUCGGUUUACAAGGGCUACAACAGUGAGACAAAUGAAACUGUUGCUUUAAAAUGGAUUAAUAUUUCUGACGAAUCUGAAGGUGUCCCGAGUUCAAUAAUCAGAGAAAUCUCUUUUUUGAGAGAGAUGGAGCAUAGCAAUAUUGUCAGGUUGUUAGAUGUAGUGGACACUGUAGAGCAUGGAAGGAAUAAAGUGUAUCUUGUUCUUGAGUAUAUGGAUGUUGAUCUGAAGAAGUUCAUAAAAACUCAUUCAGAGACUGCCAAGAAUCCACAUGUGAUAAAAAGUUUUCUGCAUCAGAUACUCAGUGGUCUUGCCUAUUGUCAUUCUCACAAAAUUCUCCACCGAGAUCUGAAACCACAGAAUUUGCUGAUAGACUCCAUUGAAAGAAUCCUGAAGCUUGCAGACUUUGGAUCAGCCAGGGCAGUAGCAUAUACUAGAGGGGAACAGGUAGCAACUCUAUUGUACGUGGCACCUGAACUCAUGAAUGGCGGCAUAACCUCCGCAGAAGCUGAUUUGUGGUCUGUGGGAUGCAUAUUUGCUGAGAUGUGUAACCAGAAGCCUCUUUUUUAUUCUUCAGAUCAUAUGAAUAUUGUACGCAAAAUUUUCAGCUUAUUGGGCAUACCAGAUGAAGAAACCUGGCCUACGGUGAGGGCAUAUUGUCAAUAUUUCGGUAUCCCCGAGAAUAAUCCUCCUAAGAAUCUGGCAGAAGUAGUUCCCGAUCUUGAACCAGCUGGAGUCGAUCUUCUUUCUAAAAUGCUUCGCUACAAACCAGAAGAAAGAAUUACAGCUUACGAUGCACUGAAGCACCCGUACUUUGAUGACAUUGAGAGACCUUGAUUCCUCUACAGACUUGCAUCUUUCUGUUAUACGUACCGACGUUACAGCAAUCUGUAGUUUCGCGUUGGAAAAGAAUUGUGCACUUCUAUUGAUUGUGUGCUUUCUCAUUAAGGUGGUGUGAACACCUAUAAAGCCAUUUAGUGCAUGGUGAAAGAUAGAUUCAUUGAACCAUAUAUGAAUUUUAAGACGUGCAUGAAGGGAGAAAAAAAAAAUGGGCUUUUGUUGGCUCUUACAGGUUGAUUAUUAAAGCC